UGGUAACUCCAUUGUAGGAUUUGAAAGGUUUGAAUCUCAGAAUUCCCUCCAAGUUUGCCGCCGGACCGUUUAUCUGCUAGGACUUCCUGUUCCACCCACAUUCUCGUGUCGCUUCCGGGUGUCCACACAAGACUCCACAUCCAGGCGGUGAGCCGACGUCUUCAUAACGCUGUAAACAAAAGUUACCCAACGGUUAUCUCCAACGACACAUCUAACGAAAAGACAUGCAUAUCAAAACCGGUUCAUGGGAAGUCAGCAACACUGUGUGCGAGUCCGAUACUCUUUGUGACCCAGCAGUCCUUGUUUCAGCCACCAACUCUGAGCCACACAUCCGCAACCGACGCCUGUCCCCCGGCUCAGGAAACUGUGGAGGAGGAGGUGGAGGCUGCAUCUCUGGAGUUGACCAACAGCCCCGUCAGCUUUCGCCUGAAGGUGACCUCAUUGCACCCGGUCACACGCACACCUUCAGCUACCGUAGGGAAAAAGAACGCAAGGGCCAGCAGCACAAAGGCCGCAGCCUCCGCAGGGAGAGUCAGAAGGGUGUCAGUCGUCCACAGAAGGUUAGCCCAAAGGAGAGGUGGGUGGAGGACAGUCUUUCUCUGCUUAAGCCCCCACCUGCCUUCCCGGUGCAGGACAGCCCCGCCAAGCUGCAGCCCGCCGUCAGCUACGCAUCCAAGGUGAAGGCUGGAGCAGCAACCGGAGCGCUGGAGGAGGACCGCCCAGCCAUCGGUGUUCUGCUACAGAACCAGUGGGGUCUCAGUUUCAUCAGUGAGGCGAGGUCCGCCUCAGACGGCUCCAACACUCACCCAAACGCCAACCCCCUCCCUCCACAGUCUACAGAUGCCCAACAGACGCCAGACGAGACAGUUCUCGCCCUCCAGCCUCCAGAAGAAACGGCUUCACCUGUCACUACCUCCGUUAGCCCCGCCACGCGCUCAGAUGUGGAUGAGAGCAAUGGAAAGCUGCUGCUUAGUUGUCGCCAUCUAGUGGAGGCUUUGAACUAUCACAGUAGAGAAUGGAAUAUUCUUUGUAACAAACAGAAAAAAGUUCCAAAAAAGGUGGUGUGGUAUAAGGAAACCCAGGAGCACCCAGCCUAGCAAUGUGGCAAACCCAAAGCAUACACCAACACCGAUACAACACACACCUACAUGCCCAUAAAAACACAUAAACAUGGACAACUGUGUCCCGUUCACACACUGCACUCAGGAUGAUGUCUUCACUCAAAGCCACACUGAGACACUUUGGACUAACUCCUUUGAGAUCUUACAGCAAUGGACUUUUUUAACGCCUUACAGAAAGCCUGCCUUAAUUAAUCAGACCUGUUUUUCAUCGCCUCCCGUACCAUUUUAGCUUAUAUGUGUAGAGCUGGUCCUUUUUGCCCUCUCUUCUUUUAAAAACAAUCUCUUAGGAGCUGUAAUUUUCCACUUUGUUGCAGUUUUUUUUUUUUUCCAAACUUUUGUUUCCUCUGUCAAGCGAGCGGUCAAUCAAGCACUUUGUUUUAAAAGAAUCUGUUGUGACCAAUCCCUGUGUGCAAGAAAUCCUCACCUGUGAUUUUUUUUUUCCCGUUAUCGAUCAGAAUCGGAGUAAUGUCUGUCUAGUAUCUGAGUUUUUAUGAAUGCCGAGGACGUGUGUAUAUGUGUCUUCAGUUUACAGAGGGAAGUAGUUAAAGGCACAGUAGAGGUCACCCUUUAUUUACCCUGCAGAUCGUAAUGCUGUGUUCCUUUUUAUUUGGUUCCCUAAUCGGGUGAAUGUUAACUCCACGAGGGAUUCCACCAUGUUCAGUAUGAUGAUUUUUGAAAAGAAAAUUUAUUGAAUAUGAAAUUUACACUGGAGAAAGAGGAGAAUGUAAGUGAACAGUAUUGCUUAAUAAAAUUGAAUAAACUUG